CACGCUCUCUCCUCUGUUCUCCUCCGCUCAUCUCGAGCGCGGGCUUUUAGCUGCUCGUCGUCGCCCGCCUCGUCUUGUCCUUAUCCCCCGGUCGACGUCUUCCAUCUGAGAGCAGCGGACAUGCGGUCCCUGCUAACGGGCGCGCUCAGCGCGGCCCUCGGCCUCCUCGUCGCCGCCUCUCCCUAUCGCGAGGAACUCGAGAAAUACAACAUCAACACCAACAAGGAUGCCACGGACCCACUCGACUACAGCACCGACAAGCUCGACUCGUACAUGCCAUCGCCAGACAACUGGCGCGCACUCCCCGUGUACACCAUCCUCAUGGACAAGUACGCGGACGGCGAUCCCACGAACAACGAUUUUUUCGGCACUCCGUACGAGCAGGACUAUCGGGAAACGCAAAUGCGCUACGGAGGCGACCUCAAGGGCCUCGUCUCCAAGCUGGACUACCUACAGGGCAUGGGCAUCCGUGUUAUAUUCAUCUCGGGUACUCCCUUCCUCAACAUGAUAUGGCAGGCGGACAGUUACUCGCCGCUCGAUAUGUCCGUUCUUGACCCUCACUGGGGCACCAUCGACGAUUGGGUGGACACCAUCAAGGAGAUCCAUAACCGCGGGAUGUACUUCAUGGCCGAUUUGACGGUCGGUACCAUGAGUGAUCUGAUUGGCUUCAAGGGCUACCUCAACGUGUCAGCUCCCUUCAUGACCUCCGAGCACGACUACGUGUACAAGCACCCUCCUCGUAUGCCCUGGGGCUUCGACGAGUAUGCCGACUUCACGCCAAGCAACGACUGGAACUCCUCAUGUGUGCUCCCCCGCUUCUGGGGCGACGACGGCGAGCGCGACCAGGUCGAAAACCCGGCGAACGGCUGCAAGGCCUCCGAGUUUGACCAGUACGGAGACCUCGAGGCUUUCGGUGUGCACCCCGAGUACAAGCGUCAGCUGACGAAGUUCUCGUCCGUGCAAGACCGUCUGCGCGAAUGGCAGCCGCACGUCCUCGCGAAGCUCAAGGUCUUCGCGUGCAUGGUCGUGACCCGCCUCGAUAUCGACGCGAUUCGUAUCGAUAAGUCGACGCAGGUGUCCGUGGACGCGCUCGCAGAGUGGUCGGCCAGCUUGCGCAAGUGCGCCAACGACCUCGGGAAGGACAACUUCUUCAUCCCCGGUGAAGUUACUGGUGGUGAUCACUUUGGCUCGAUCUACAUUGGUCGAGGCCGUGCCCCAGAAAACUACCCGGAGGACUUCGCUACGGCUGUGAAUGCGACGCUGGAUGAUAGCCAGUACUUCCUCCGCGACGCCCCGCUGAACGCGCUCGAUGGUGUCGCUUUCCACUACUCGACCCAUCGUGCCAUCACGCGCUUCAUGGGCCUCGAUGGUCAGCUCACGGCUGCGUACGACACCGAUGUCAACUUCGCAAACCAGUGGAACGAGCUCAUGGUCCACAACGACUUUUUGAACCCCGCCACCGGUGACCUCGACCCGCGUCACUUAUAUGGCACGUCCAACUUCGAUAUCUUCCGCUGGCAGGCGCUACAGAACGGUACUCAGCGUGCUGUGCUCGCGUCCUUCAUCACGUCCAUGAUCAUGCCCGGAACGCCUCUGUACUUCUUCGGAGAGGAACAGAACUUCUACAUCCACGACAACACGGCGUCCAACUAUCUCUUCGGCCGUCAGGGUAUGAUGGGGAACGUUGCUUGGAAGAACCACGGGUGCUACCACCUUGGCUUCGACCAGUACUAUGUCGCGAACAUCGAGAAGGCCUACCUCGGCUGUUAUGAUGACUGGAACGCGCUGGACCACUUCGACCCCACGGCGAACACCCGUCGUAUGUUCGCGCACUUCAACUACCUCCGCACUGUCUACGGUGUCGUCCAGGACGGGUUCAGUCUCACCCAGACCGGCAACUGGACCUAUUUCAUCCAGAUGCCGUACUCGGGCGACAUUCAGACGGAGAAGGGUCUCUGGGCGGUCAAGCGCGACAAGCUCGAGCACCACAACACCGUCGAUGGGCGCUACAACGACCCCGUGUGGCUCUUCUACACCAACGAGAACACGACGCAGACCUACGACUUCAAGUGCGGCAGCAAGAAGCAGAUUCUCUCGCCUUUCCAGAGCAACGUCAAGCUGCGGAACCUGUUCGCCCCGUAUGAGACGUACGACCUCGAGGAGUCUGACCAGCCGUACUAUUACGACGGCAAGGACCCGUACUUCGGCUGUCUCGGGUCGAUCACCUUCGAGCCCUACGGCUUCAAGGCCCUCGUCCCCGACGACCAGUGGGUGGCGCCGCUGCCGGCGAUGACGAAGUUCACGCCCGGUCACGACCAUCGCAUCACGAGCCAGGGCGGCAAGGACGACGUCGACGUCUCUAUCGAGUUCAACACGGAGAUGGACUGCGACAGUGUGACGGACUCGAUCACGCUGACGAUGUCCUCGUCGGGCGGAGGUGACGCGCCGUCGAUCUCGAACGUCAACUGCGGCGGCGUGGACAACCCGGACCCGGUCAUCAUCCCCGGUGACGAUACCAGCGCGUGGGCGUGGUCGGCGACCCUCAGCGGUAUGCCCGAUGGUGUUCUCCGCAUUGAGGUCAAGGACCCCUCGUCUAACGGCGGUGACGGUACCAACGCGACCGACCACCUUCUGCUGCGCAAGGGCACGGAGGACAACGUGAUGGUCUUCCCGUACAACGACUACAACAACUCCGCCUUUGUCAAGUCUGGCGACGAUCUCGUCUUCAACCAUCGCGCGUACGGUGCCGACAAGUUCCGCUACUCGUGGAACUUCGGCCAGAACUGGACCGAGUGGAAGGACUUCGAGCAGCAGACGAAGGUGAACACGACGUUGUUCGACGACGAGGACAACUUCUGGGACGGCUACCAUAUCAUGGUGCAGUACUGGAGCGAGCUCACGAUGUCGACGUCGCACGUCACCCAUGCGGACUACAACUACGAUGACCACCCGCGCCGCGUUCCGCGCUUCCUUGCGCGAGGCGAGUUCAACAACUUCGGCUUCGACAAGGCCGUGGAGUCCGAGUUCAAGCUGAACGACGAGGGUUUAUGGCAGCUCGAUCUUUCCGCUGUCUGGCCGACCUGGAUUCAGCUUAACGUCUUCGACUAUAACGACUACUGGUACGGCGACGUCGACAACGACGGUAUUCUCGACCGUCUGCCGCCCAACACUGCCGCGCCCAGUCAGCUUAACAUCUCCGCGCCGCCUGGCAAGCACUUGUCCUUCCGUAUCACCGUUGACGACAGCACCAUGCGCUGGUACCUCGAGCCCCGUGGUCAGGCGUCCGUCGGCAUCAUCACGUACGCGCUGCUCCUCUCCAUCCCCUUCAUCACUGCCCUCGCGUCCGUCCUUAUCUUCAUGCGCUCGUUCUACGGCAUCAAGCACAACCGCUACGGUGUGCAGCCGUCGAACAAGGGCAAGUACUUCCCGAUCAUGGACCUCUUCGGCAAGUCCAAGAGCGACCUGCACGACCCCGAGGGCGCGGGCGGUCUCUUUGGUGGCCACAAGAAGUACCACGGCGACAUCAUAGGCUGGCCCGAAGACAAGAACAAGCGCCGCAAGGUCCUCAUCGCCACCCUGGAGUACGAGAUCAUCGAUUGGAAACUCAAGGUCAAGAUUGGUGGUCUCGGUGUCAUGGCCAGUCUGAUGGGGAAGGCGAUGUCCGACGUCGAUCUCGUCUGGGUCGUAGCGAAGGUCAAGGACCUCGAGUACCCUCCUGGCGAUCCCGCCGAGCCUAUUGAGGUCAUCAUCUUCGGGCAGGCGUACCAGGUCGAGGUCGAGACGCACGUAGUAGACAACAUCACCUACGUGAUCCUCGACAGCCCCGUCUUCCGCGCGCAGAGCAAGGCCGACCCGUACCCGCAGCGCAUGGACGACUUGAGUUCCGCCAUCUUCUACUCGACUUGGAAUCAGGCCAUCGCGGCGACCAUCCGGCGCUAUCCCGACAUUGACAUCUACCAUAUAAACGACUACCACGGCGCUCUUGCUCCCAUUUACCUGCUCCCGAAGGUCAUCCCCGUCUGCUUGUCGCUUCACAAUGCCGAGUUCCAGGGCUUGUGGCCUCUGCGCACGAAGGAGGAGAUGAAGGAGGUCUGCUCGGCGUUCAACAUCAGCAAGGCGCACUGCACCAAAUACGUCCAGUUCGGCAACACGUUUAACUUGCUGCACGCCGCUGCCUCCUUCAUCAGUGUUCAUCAAAAGUCUGUCGGUGUCGCCGGUGUCUCUGACAAGUACGGCAAGCGCUCUUGGGCUCGUUAUCCUGCGCUUUGGGCUCUCAAGCAUGUCGACUCGCUCCCGAACCCCGAUCCCACGGAUAUCGAGGCCCUCGACGAGAACCCGACGGAGGUCCGCAAGAUCCAGAUCGACCAGGAGGCCGAAGCGAAGCGUCCGGAGAACAAAAGGCAGGCGCAGGAAUGGGCUGGCAUCAAGCAGGACCCGAACGCGAACCUGUUCGUCUUCGUCGGUCGUUGGUCCAAGCAGAAGGGUGUUGAUCUUAUCGCGGAUGUCAUGACUGGCCUACUCGAGAAACAACCGUCUAUUCAACUCAUUUGUGUCGGUCCCGUCAUCGAUCUUUACGGUCGCUUCGCUGCGGAAAAGCUCGCGCGAUUAAUGGAGCUUUACCCCGACAGGGUGUACUCGAAGCCGGAGUUCACUGCUCUUCCGCCUUACUUGUUCAGUGGUGCCGACUUUGCCCUCAUUCCGUCUCGUGAUGAGCCAUUCGGUCUCGUCGCCGUCGAGUUCGGUCGCAAGGGUGCCCUCGGUGUUGGCAGUCGUCUCGGUGGUCUCGGUCUCAUGCCUGGUUGGUGGUUCCCUGUUGAAUCCAGCUCGACGGCGCACAUGAUCUCGCAGUUCACCAAGACGAUCAAGAUGGCGUUGAAGUCGACUGAAGAGGAACGUGCUAUCCUGCGCGCGCGCUCGGCUGUCCAACGUUUCCCCGUCGUCGAAUGGCGUCAACGCAUGGAAGACUUCCACAAGCGCAGUAUCACGACAAGCAGGACUCUGGCCGAGAGCGAUGCAUGGCGCCCGAGCGACGGCGGCGAGCACACUACCUUCGGCGCCAUCCCGGAGAACGAGGACUGGAACCCGGAAGCCCUUGCACCACCACAGCAACCCAACUGGGGCAGGAACAGCAUGUCAAGUAUCGGUGGCAACAGCUACAUGAGCCCCGUCACUCCUGGCACUCCGCAGACUCCUCUGUCCUCGGACGGCGAUAGCGGUGUCGGAAACGAUUACCUGUCUGCGCGUCCCCAGAUCAUGGAACCCAACAACCGCGACUCUGUUUCUGAGGACGGCAGAUUGUACGAACCCGGCUCUAGCGACUUCCAAAACUUCCUGUCUCGUGCCAACAAAGCCAUCGCCCACAAUCAGCGCGGUGCUCCGGAUCCAUUCCUCGACGGUGCUGCGCCUGCCCGGCCCUUCACGAUGUACUCCCGCGUGUCCUCUGCAGAGUCUAUUGCCUCCAUCGUCGACGAGAAGGCCGACUCUCCUCUCAACAAGGCCAUUGCUUCGUUCACGGAUGCGGACGGUGCCGUCGCGGCGGAGUUCGUUCAGAAGCUGCGCGACUUGAACCCCAAGAACUCGGAGCAUGAGCUGUCCAUUGAGAAGUACCUCAUGAAGAGCGAGGAGGCCUUCUUUGAGAAGGUUCGCAAGGACAAGCUGAGCACUGCGGCCAGUCUUCGCUCGCAUAAGCACGACGGCGCUUCGACAAUGCACUCUCGCCCCAGUUCAGUCUACACAGCUUCUGAGAUGGGUCAACGGAGCAGCGUCGCGCUUUCAAGAUACUCUUCAUCCGCGGACGACGCACCACUGGCCGACGAACCGGACAUCGUGCCCAUGAACCGUACCCAGAUCUUCAUGUCGAGGGAGCUCGGCGGCUGGCCAUUGUAUACCAUCUUGAUGGCCCUCGCUCAAAUGCUCAGCGCAACCAGUUUCCAGAUCGGCUUGCUCAGCGGCACGAACAGGCAGAACGACACUCAGUUCUACAUCAUCGGUGGUGUCUUCCUCGCCGCGUCGGCGGUGUGGUACCCGAUGUUCCGUCUCAAGCCCUCCGUGUACAUUCUAUCCAUCCCUUGGAUCUUCUUCGGCAUCGCGUUCUUCCUCAUCGGCUUGCCGUAUGCCAUCUCGGCCUUGGACGACGCGCGCGAGGGCAUCACCAACGGUGCAACCUGGGCCUACGCUAUCGCGUCCGCGGGCUCCUUCGCGUUCUUCGGUCUCAACUUCGGUGAGGAGGCCGGCGCAGCGACGGAGGUGUGGAUGCUUCGUGCGUGUAUUGUGCAGGGCUCUCAGCAAAUCUGGGUCGCCGCGCUCUGGUACUGGGGGCACAACCUCGCUGGCAAGGACGACGCAUACCGCGCACCUUGGUGGGUUGCAUGCAUAGCGUUCCCGCUGGCUGCGAUGAGCUUCCUGUUCUUCUGGUUGCUCUACCACGGCCUACCAGAGUACUACCGCCAGAAGCCACCUCAGGUGCCGCAGUUCCUCAAGACGAUGUUCCGCCGUCACUUGGUGCUUUGGUUCUUGGCUUCAGAGAUCCUGCGCGACUACUGGCUCAGUGUUCCUUACGGACGCAACUGGACAUACUUGUGGUCUGUACCGAUUCCGGUCUGGCAAACGGUCGUCCUCGUCAUCGUGUUCUUCGUCUUCGUAUGGGCCCUCCUCAUGUUCGUUCUCACCCACUUCGCCAAGACGCACACUUGGCUGUUGCCCGUCUUCGCUGUCGGUCUCGGCGCCCCUAGGUGGUGUCAGAUGCUGUGGGGAACGUCGUCCGUGGGUCUCUACUUGCCAUGGGCAGGCGACGCCGGCUACCAUCUCGGCAUCUCGUUGUGGUUGUGGCUCGGUGUUUUGGAUGCCGUCCAGGGUGUUGGCUUGGGUAUGAUCCUGCUCCAGACGCUCUCGCGUUUGCACGUCUGCGCUACGCUUGCAUUCUCGCAAGUCAUUGGCUCGAUCGUUGUGAUGAUCGCUCGCGCGACCGCACCACCAUCUACUGGCGCGACCGGCGUCUUCCCUGAUGUCGCUAAGUGGGAACCGAGCGAAGGUGUUACUGGGAGCCCUAUCGCGUCGCCGUUGUUCUGGAUAGCCCUAAUCUGCCAGCUCAUCAUCGUCGCGGGGUACUUCUGGUUCUACCGCAAGGAGCAGCUCUCCAAGCCAUAGUUGGGAGCGUACGACUAUCAUCAUUGUCCGUAACUUAUUCCCCAGUCUCUCGACCUCUGACCUCGUCGCAUCUCAUCGCAUGCCGUACGUUACUCAAAGAAAUGAUCACUAGAGCAGUGUAUUCACCCAGUCGUUACACGUGGACUUAAUUAAGGCGCUAUAUCGUAUAUAUUAGAGCGGUUUGGAAAAAGACCUGUCGAUGCUUCCUGGAAAUCUGUAUCUAGAUGGAUUCAAGCACUGCUGACGAGAGCUUGCUGCUAUAUUAUACCCCAUUGCGGACAAUGGGCUCGGCGCUCUUCACUUCAAUCCUGCGUCGGUGUUAGGGAUGCGAUAUACCAGAAAUCCUAAUCUGAAGUCGACAACUUUCCCUUCACUCAAAACUAGAACAGCGG